UUAUUAUCAUCACUAUCGUUACGUUAAUACGAUGGUCGUGGUAUUCCUUUCCAUCCGCAUAUUUCGAUCUAGGUUAUAUUUUAAAUUUAAAAAAUAAGACGUUGUUAUGUAUCUCUUUCUACUUAUAUUGGUUAAAUUCUUAACAAAACGAGUAACAAAAAAAUGAUAAUUAAAAGAGUCGUAAGUUAAGAAGAAAAAUUGUAAGAAGGAACGGUGGCGCUAUUGUUAUUGGAAGAUUCUUAUUGGUACAUUGAGCGGACCAAUCAUCUGUCGUGCUGACUUGUUCAUUGGUGGACUAAGCUGUUUACGAUGACGUCACAAUAUGGCGUCCAAACGUAUUUCGUGCGUUGAUCGCGAGAGUGAGGAAGACACGAAAUAAUCUUGUUUUUCGUAUAAAAUCAUCGUUUGCGUACUUUUAUCUUUCAUAUACGGUCAAAACGUUAUAUUGUAAAAUAAUCUUUGUAUUUUUACUCGUACGAUUUACGAGUACAAUUACGAUAUUAUUGUUAUUAGUGUUACGAUUUUUCUGACAAAGAAAAAGCAACAUGGACGAGGUUACGAAGUUGGAACAUCUAUCCUUGGUGUCAAAAAUUUGUACAGAAUUAGAAAAUCAUUUAGGAUUAAACGAUAAAGAUUUGGCCGAAUUUAUAAUUCAUUUAUCGGAAGAAAAUAAUACUUUCGAAACGUUUAAAAAAGUUUUGAUCGAAAAUGGUGCCGAAUUUUCGGACUCAUUUAUAGCGAAUUUGCUUAGAAUAAUACAACAUAUGAAACCGUCUGCACCUUCUAAUAAAUCUGUGACAACUAAUCAGUCCAAACAAGACGAAUUAGCACAAAAGUUUCCUGCGUUGGCAUUACCGAAUGAUGUCUUGCAAUCUACGCAAGAUAGUGAAAAAACAGAUAAAGAUAUAGUUAACGACGUUUUAGCAUCUUUAGAGGCAUUAGCGCCGUCUAAUUUGAAAAACAAUGAAAAUGGAAAAAAGGAUGAUCAUAAGCGUAAUAAACAUAGUAACAGAGAUAAAGAUUCAGAAAAGAAUAGAGAAAGAAGAAGACAUAGGUCUAGAUCGAAUGAUCGAAAAGAUAAAAAACGUAGAUCUAGAUCUAGGAAUCGUUCUAGAUCAAAGGAUAGAGAACACAGUAGGAGACGUAGAAGAAGAUCCAGGUCAUCCAGUAGAACAUCAAGGUCACACGGUUAUAAGGAUUCAAAAAAUUCAAGGAAUCGUGACAGGUCUAGAUCAAGAUCCUUGGAGGAACUUUCGGUUGAGCCAGAAGUUGGUCAAAUAUAUACAGGAAAAGUAGCUAAUAUAGUACCAUUUGGUUGUUUCGUUCAAUUAGAAGGUUUAAGAAGAAGAUGGGAGGGUUUAGUACAUAUUUCGCAAUUAAGAAGAGAAGGGAGAGUAGCUAGUGCUAGUGACGUAGUAACCAGAGGACAAAAAGUUCUUGUUAAGGUAUUGAAUGUAGGAGGGCAAAAAGUUUCCUUAAGUAUGAAAGAUGUUGAUCAAGAAACAGGUAGAGAUUUAAAUCCCGUAGUGGCAGUUAAUAAGAUUGAGGAAGAUGAAAAAUAUUUGAGGAAUCCAGAUCGUCCAACGUCAUUAUUAGAAAUUCAAGGUACAUGGGAUGAAGAUGAAACAUAUUCUAGAAAGCGUGUACAGAGAUUAUCCUCCCCGGAGAAAUGGGAAAUAAAGCAGAUGCUUGCCGCAUCGUGUAUAGAUAGAAGCGAAUUACCUGAAUUCGAUACAGAAACAGGAGUUCUACCUAGGGAAGAUGACGAAGAAGAAGAUGUAGAAAUUGAGUUGGUGGAAGAGGAACCUCCAUUUUUACAUGGCCAUGGUAGAGCACUGGGAGAUUUGAGUCCUGUGCGUAUAGUAAAAAAUCCUGAUGGCUCUUUGGCCCAAGCUGCAAUGAUGCAGAGCGCAUUGGCGAAAGAAAGAAGGGAACAAAAGAUGUUACAGAGAGAACAGGAAAUGGAUUCUGUUCCUACUGGUAUUAACAAAAAUUGGAUUGAUCCACUACCAGAUGCUGAAAGCAGAACGCUUGUUGCUAAUAUGCGUGGAAUAGGUAUGCAAACGCAAGAUCUGCCAGAAUGGAAAAAGCAUGUAAUAGGUGGGAAGAAAUCAUCAUUUGGUAAGAAAACUAAUUUGACAUUGCUCGAACAACGUCAAACUUUACCGAUAUACAAACUUAGAGAUGAUCUGGUAAAGGCUGUGAUGGAUAAUCAAAUUUUAAUUGUCAUUGGUGAAACUGGUUCAGGGAAAACAACUCAAAUCACUCAAUAUUUAGCAGAAACAGGAUUUACUGCUCGCGGUAAAAUUGGAUGUACUCAACCGAGAAGAAUAUCUGCCAUGUCCGUUGCUAAAAGAGUAGCCGAAGAGUUUGGAUGUCGUUUGGGCCAAGAAGUAGGUUAUACUAUCAGAUUUGAAGAUUGUACUGGCCCAGAGACGAGCAUAAAGUACAUGACAGAUGGUAUGUUACUUAGAGAAUGUCUUAUGGAUUUAGAUUUAAAAACCUAUUCCGUAAUAAUGUUGGACGAGGCACACGAGAGGACUAUUCAUACAGAUGUUUUAUUUGGACUUCUUAAACAAGCGGUUGGUAAAAGACCUGAUUUGAAGUUAAUUGUAACCAGUGCUACCCUUGAUGCUGUAAAAUUUUCUCAAUACUUCUUUGAAGCACCGAUUUUUACUAUACCUGGAAGAACAUUUGAAGUAGAAGUAAUGUAUACUAAAGAACCAGAGACUGAUUAUUUGGAUGCUGCACUUAUAACUGUUAUGCAGAUACAUUUAAGAGAGCCUCCUGGUGAUAUUCUUUUGUUCUUGACUGGUCAAGAGGAGAUCGAUACAGCAUGUGAGAUCUUAUAUGAACGUAUGAAAUCAUUAGGUCCUGAUGUACCCGAAUUAAUCAUUUUACCAGUUUAUUCCGCACUGCCUUCCGAAAUGCAAACCAGAAUUUUUGAACCGGCUCCACCGGGUUCGCGAAAGGUUGUUAUAGCAACGAACAUUGCUGAAACGAGUUUAACUAUAGACGGUAUUUAUUAUGUGGUCGAUCCAGGAUUUGUGAAGCAGAAAGUUUAUAAUUCUAAAACUGGUAUGGAUAGUCUUAUAGUAACUCCUAUAAGUCAAGCCGCUGCAAAACAGCGGGCAGGCAGAGCAGGUAGAACAGGCCCUGGAAAAUGUUACAGGCUUUAUACAGAGAGAGCGUAUAGAGAUGAAAUGUUACCGACACCUGUACCAGAAAUACAGAGAACAAAUUUAGCUACUACGGUACUGCAAUUAAAAACAAUGGGAAUCAAUGAUUUAUUACAUUUUGAUUUUAUGGAUGCACCACCAGUAGAAUCGCUUAUUAUGGCCUUAGAAUCCUUACACAGUUUGAGCGCUUUAGAUAACGAAGGUCUCUUGACACGUCUUGGUAGACGCAUGGCAGAAUUUCCUUUAGAACCUAAUUUAUCUAAAAUGUUAAUUAUGAGCGUACACCUUCAAUGCUCGGAUGAAAUAUUAACUAUAGUUAGUAUGCUGUCUGUACAGAAUGUUUUUUAUAGGCCAAAGGAUAAACAAGCUUUAGCGGAUCAGAAAAAGGCGAAAUUCAAUCAGGCAGAAGGUGAUCAUUUAACACUGUUGGCAGUUUAUAAUUCUUGGAGAAAUAAUAAAUUUAGUAAUGCGUGGUGUUAUGAAAAUUUUGUUCAAAUGAGAACAUUGAAGAGAGCACAGGAUGUACGAAAACAAUUGUUAGGUAUAAUGGAUAGGCAUAAACUCGAUGUAGUAUCAGCGGGAAAAAAUACUGUUAGAAUUCAAAAAGCAGUCUGUUCUGGAUUCUUUAGAAAUGCUGCCAAGAAGGAUCCUCAAGAAGGUUACAGAACUUUAGUAGAUAGUCAGGUAGUGUACAUUCAUCCAAGCAGUGCAUUAUUCAAUAGGCAACCCGAAUGGGUAAUUUAUCAUGAGUUAGUGCAAACUACAAAAGAGUAUAUGAGAGAAGUAACUACUAUAGAUCCAAAAUGGUUGGUAGAGUUUGCUCCAGCAUUUUUCAAAUUUAGUGACCCAACGAAACUCAGUAAAUUCAAAAAGAAUCAAAGACUUGAACCUUUAUAUAAUAAAUAUGAAGAACCUAAUGCCUGGCGAAUAUCUAGGGUUCGUAGAAGACGUAAUUAAAUUAAUUAAAUUAAUUUCUAAGUAUAUACUGUUGAUAUUAUAAACUUUUUGUAAAUAAACGAUCUGUAAAUAAAUAAUUUUAUACAACGUAGAGAGAUCAUUGGUGUUAGUACUCUUAUUCAAACAUCAUAAAAAAAGAAAAAAAAGAAAAAAAGAA